GCUCUGACGAUGCAGCUCUGAGCCCUCCCCCGCCCGGGGGCACAGCCCGGCCGCCGCCCGCACGCGCCUGCGGCCCGUCCGGAGGACGGAGGACGCCCUCCCGGACGCCUUUCACCAUUAAGAGGAAAGCCAUGGAGGAGCUGAGCGCUGACGAGAUCCGACGUAGGCGCCUGGCACGACUAGCUGGAGGACAGACCUCCCAGCCGACCACUCCACUCACCUCUCCCCAGAGGGAGAACCCUCCGGGGCCUCCCAUAGCAGCACCAGCCCCGGGCCCCUCCCAGAGUCUUGGCCUCAGCGCCCACAGCAUGACCCCUGCUACCUCCCCAAUAGGCGCAUCAGGAGUAGCUCACCGGAGCCAGAGCAGCGAGGGGGUCAGCUCUCUCAGCAGCUCGCCCUCUAACAGCCUCGAAACACAGUCUCAGUCUCUCUCGCGGUCCCAGAGCAUGGAUAUCGAUGGUGUCUCCUGUGAGAAAAGCAUGUCCCAGGUGGAUGUGGAUUCAGGAAUUGAAAAUAUGGAAGUAGAUGAAAACGAUAGAAGAGAAAAAAGGAGCCUCGGCGAUAAGGAGCCUUCAUCUGCUUUUGAAGUAUCUGAGGAGCAGGCCUUACAGCUGGUCUGUAAGAUCUUUCGUGUCUCCUGGAAGGACCGGGACAGAGAUGUCAUUUUUCUUUCUUCUCUUUCGGCGCAGUUUAAACAAAACCCAAAAGAAGUGUUCUCUGAUUUUAAGGACUUGAUUGGCCAGAUUUUAAUGGAAGUGCUGAUGAUGUCUACUCAGACUAGAGAUGAGAACCCGUUUGCCAGUCUGACGGCCACAUCACAGCCAAUCGCAGCGGCAGCUCGGACGCCAGACAGGACUGUCCUGCUGAACACUGGCUCUACCCCCGGGACAAGCCCCAUGUUCUGCGGUGCAGGCUCCUUUGGCGCCAGCUCUCUGUCUAGCCUCUAUGAAGCUAGUCCAGCCUCUAAUCUGAGUUUCUGGAGCUCUGUGCCCACAGCGAGCCCGUCUUUGUCCUCCCCUUCCCGUGCAGCCAGCCAGCGUGCCCUCCCUUCCAUUUCCCUGGGUCCUCCGAGCACGGCUCCGGGAGCCGCGGCGGCAAGUCAGCCCUUCUCCUCCCCGCGGUACCGCCCGUACACCAUCACACACCCCUGGGCGCCUCCGCCCUCCUCGCGCUCUGCCGGUGUCUCCGUUCUCUCUAGCUCACCGAGCUCCCCUGCUCUGGCCAGCAGCCCUCAAGUGGUGCCUGCCGGCUCUUCCAGACAGAGGCCCAGCAGCGGGGGGCCACCUGCCCCGGCCUCCUCCCACAGGAUUUCUCCUAGUAUGGAUGACAGUCCUUUCUCCUUCCUCUUCUUCGCACUUUCUGGGGACAGUAGUGAUGAAGAUGAAGACGAGGAUGAUGAUGGUGAUGAUGAUGAUGAAGGAGGUGGUGGUGGUGAUGAGUUUGCUUGUGUCCAGUUUGGGUCCAGUUUGGGAGCAUCUGGAGGGGCAGGUACUUGGGAUUCCUGCAGUGACCAUUUCACCAUCGAAGCCUGCAAGGAGACAGAUAUGCUCAACUACCUCAUCGAGUGUUUUGACCGAGUUGGAAUAGAAGAAAAAAAAGCACCAAAGAUGUGCAGCCAGCCGGCGGUCAGCCAGCUCCUGAGCAAUGUCCGCUCGCAGUGCAUUUCCCACACGGCGCUGGUGCUGCAGGGCUCCCUCACGCAGCCCAGGUCUGUACAGCAGCCGUCCUUCCUGGUGCCGUACAUGCUGUGCAGGAAUCUCCCCUAUGGCUUCAUUCAAGAGCUGGUGAGAACCACUCAUCAGGACGAAGAAGUGUUCAAACAGAUCUUUAUUCCCAUUUUACAAGGCCUGGCGCUUGCUGCCAAAGAAUGCUCCCUGGACAGUGACUACUUCAAGUACCCUCUCAUGGCGUUGGGCGAGCUCUGUGAAACUAAGUUUGGGAAGACUCAUCCGGUGUGCAAUUUGGUCGCCUCCAUGCCGCUGUGGCUGCCCAAGGCCUUGAGCCCCGGCUCUGGGCGCGAGCUGCAGCGACUCUCCUACUUGGGAGGCUUCUUCAGCUUCUCGGUCUUUGCGGAGGACGAUGCAAAAGUGGUGGAAAAAUAUUUCUCAGGGCCUGCCAUUACCCUGGAAAAUACUCGUGUGGUUAGCCAGUCACUGCAACAUUACCUGGAGGUGGGAAGGCAAGAGCUUUUCAAGAUUCUCCACAGUCUUUUGUUGAAUGGUGAGACCCGGGAGGCUGCUCUCAGCUACAUGGCUUCUGUUGUCAAUGCCAACAUGAAGAAAGCCCAGAUGCAGACCGACGAUAGGUUGGUGUCUACGGAUGGAUUUAUGCUGAACUUCCUUUGGGUCCUGCAGCAACUGAGCACGAAGAUCAAGUUAGAGACUGUCGACCCCACAUACGUAUUCCACCCGCGGUGCCGGGUCACCCUUCCCAGUGACGAGACCAGAGUGAAUGCGACCAUGGAGGACGUAAAUGAGUGGCUGACUGACCUCUAUGGAGAUCAGCCUCCAUUUUCUGAGCCGAAAUUCCCUACGGAGUGCUUCUUCCUCACCCUGCACGCCCACCACCUCUCUAUUUUGCCAAGUUGCCGUCGCUAUAUCCGCAGGCUCCGGGCCAUCCGAGAGCUCAAUCGAACUGUGGAAGAUUUGAAAAAUAAUGAAAGCCAGUGGAAAGAUUCCCCACUGGCAACGAGACACCGUGAGAUGCUGAAACGCUGCAAAACGCAACUCAAGAAGCUGGUACGAUGCAAGGCCUGUGCUGACGCCGGCUUACUUGACGAGAGCUUCCUGAGAAGAUGUCUAAACUUCUACGGCCUUCUCAUUCAGCUGCUGCUCCGCAUCCUGGACCCUGCCUACCCCGACGUGACUCUGCCUUUAAGUCCAGACGUCCCCAAGGUCUUUGCGGCAUUGCCUGAGUUUUAUGUGGAAGAUGUUGCUGAAUUUUUAUUUUUUAUUGUCCAAUACUCCCCCCAAGUGCUGUACGAGCCCUGCACGCAGGAUGUCGCCGUGUUCCUUGUCGUGAUGCUGUGCAGCCAGAGCUACAUCCGCAACCCAUACCUGCUGGCCAAGCUGGUGGAGGUCAUGUUCAUGACCAACCCCGCCGUGCAGCCUCGGACCCAGAAGUUCUUCGAGAUGAUCGAGAAUCACCCCCUCUCCACCAAACUGCUGGUCCCUUCUCUGAUGAAGUUUUACACAGACGUGGAGCACACCGGAGCCACCAGUGAGUUCUACGACAAGUUCACCAUUCGCUACCACAUCAGCACCAUCUUUAAAAGCCUCUGGCAGAACAUAGCUCACCAUGGCACCUUCAUGGAGGAGUUCAAUUCUGGGAAGCAGUUCGUCCGCUACAUAAACAUGCUGAUAAAUGACACGACGUUUUUGCUCGAUGAAAGUCUGGAGUCCCUGAAGCGGAUCCACGAGGUGCAGGAAGAGAUGAAGAACAAGGAACAAUGGGAGCAGCUGCCGCGGGAUCAGCAGCAGGCCCGCCAGUCGCAGCUGGCCCACGACGAGCGUGUUUCCCGCUCCUACCUGGCCCUGGCGACGGAGACCGUGGACAUGUUCCACAUCCUCACCAAGCAGGUCCAGAAGCCCUUCCUCAGACCGGAACUUGGACCCCGGCUGGCUGCCAUGCUGAACUUUAAUCUUCAGCAACUCUGUGGCCCCAAGUGCCGUGACCUGAAAGUCGAGAACCCCGAGAAAUACGGCUUCGAACCAAAGAAGUUGUUGGACCAGCUGACGGACAUCUACUUGCAGCUAGACUGUGCCCGCUUCGCCAAAGCCAUUGCCGAUGACCAGAGAUCAUACAGCAAGGAAUUGUUCGAAGAAGUGAUCUCGAAGAUGCGGAAGGCAGGCAUCAAGUCCACAAUAGCCAUAGAGAAGUUCAGACUCCUUGCUGAGAAGGUGGAGGAAAUCGUGGCCAAGAAUGCACGGGCAGAGAUGGACUACAGCAAUGCCCCGGACGAGUUCAGAGACCCCCUGAUGGAUACCCUGAUGACUGACCCUGUGCGGCUGCCCUCGGGCACAAUCAUGGAUCGAUCCAUCAUCCUGCGGCACCUACUGAACUCCCCCACGGACCCCUUCAACCGACAGACGCUGACAGAGAGCAUGCUGGAGCCAGUGCCGGAGCUGAAGGAGCAGAUUCAAGCCUGGAUGCGAGAGAAGCAGAACGGCGACCAUUAGGCCACCCGGCCCUCCCUCUGCUGGAAGCGCCACCGGCAGCAAGGCAGCCCGGCAGCCCCGGGGCCAGGUGCUGCUCCGCUGCUGGACGCCAAACGGGACACCUUACACAGACCCAGAGCCACUGAGCGGCGGAGACCUGCAAGGACAGAGCGGGCGGGGAACCCCCCGUGCUUGCGUCUGAGGGACGCGGCCAGGGCUGGAGGGCGUCCGGCUGCCCUAUCACGAAGCACCUGCAGACGCCGCGGACGCCUCCGUUGGGGCCUUGGCCACGCAGGGCUUCUACUGCUUGAUGGCGACUGGGUCUGGGCAGCUUCCCUUUCUUUUCUUUUUUUCCUUUUCUGAAUCUAGUAUCCGUUGAUCUCAUUGUGAUUAGACAGACUCGGACAUUUUGCUGCUAUAGAGCCCCCCGCCCACCCCAGCCCUACUUGCACUGCUGUGGAUUUUUAAGAGACGCAAACCCACAAUGAACUCCCUUCCCUGCCCCUCCAGACACACCUUCUGUGAGAUAACUGUGCCUGCGACAAAGUGUUAACCCUGGGAUCGUAUUUUUAUAGCAUAUUCACAUACUUGUUUUUUUAAUUGGUGUUAGAUGACAUGAUUAAUAAAAAAAAAGGCAAGAUAUUUUCAGAAUUUGAAUUUCAGUUUUUAUUUUUUGAAAUAUCCCUUUCAUUUUUUUUUUUUUUUUUUUUUAAUUCUAAGCAAAAUGAAGAGAAUCCUUUUGCUCUGGUCCUUGUAAUAGUCUCUGCUCGGAAUCCGAGGAACAGCUGAAGCAAAGGGGGUGUUGAGACACAUCAGGAUACACACGGCUUGGGGCUUGGGGCUUUGGGAGGGCGGCGGGGACUGGCUUUUUUAAACGCUUCAUUGACGUCUGAAACCUUCAUCGUUGUCCCACGAGGGUAAAGAAAUUCCUCAGCCCUCGGGUCUGCGAGUGGACGGACACGCAGGGGUUGUUCUUGGGGCAUCCUUGGGGCUUGGCCUUACCAAAGCGGGGGGCGGGGUGUGCACGAGGCGCAGGGCCAGCGUCUCCUGUCUGAGUGCACAGACAGACACACCCACACACGGCACACAGGUCAAACUCUGUAUUACUGCUCCCUACUUGACAUACUUGAAGUCUUGAAUUUCCUUCGGGGUGAAAAAGGAUUUGAAACCAUAAAGUGUUUUGAAGAGAUUAAGUCUACGAUGACACGCUUUCCUUUCUCUUUUCCUUUUUCCCCCUCCACAGACAAUGUCCUCUGUUCAAUUACUGAUGCAAACUACAAUAAAUGGUGAUACUCAUUCAGAAGGAA